AUGUCAGUCCUCUUCGCCAUCGGCUCUAACGGCUCUGGGCAGCUCGGCCUUGCCCACAAGGAAGAUGUCUCGGUACCCAAGCAGGUCUUGUUCCAUCCCGAUCAGCCUUCGUCUCCCAUCACCCGCAUCGCUGCUGGCGGAAAUCACACUCUGCUCCUCACAGGAGACGGUCAUCUUUAUUGGAGCGGGGAUCCCACGCCAGGCGCUUGCGGUCUCACAGCCGAGGCUACAGCCACAGAACCCGUCUUUCAGCCAGUGCGUCUCAGCAAAGAUGACCCUUUGACGGGCAUGAGGGACGUGGCUCUCGUGACAGCAACCUGGGAAGCCUCAUUCAUCGCCAGGAGAGAUGCAGAGGGUAAGGUGACGCAGUUCUGGAGUUUUGGGUCCGGCGCAAAGGGAGAGCUAGGGCAAGGAGAACUGCUGGUUCGAUCACCAUCAGGGACAUUAUUCAAGGAGUUUCCGCCCGCGGGAACCGAGAUUGUAGAUCUCGCGGCUUGCAUGGGUCACGUCGUAGCUGUUCUGAGCAAUGGCGAUGCUUAUGGCUGGGGUAACGGACGGAAAGGUCAAACGGGAAACCCCGAAGGCGUGCUUCACCAGCCAAGAAAGAUUGAAGGUCUCGAUUUCAAGGUCACCCGGGCCGUCUGUGGGCGAGAGUUCACUUGUCUCUUUGGAGACAACGAGAUAGGACGGCUUGCGGUACUAGGCUCCGACAAGUGGAACAUUCGAUCAUCGGCCCCGUCAUCCGUCCCCGAGUGGAAGGAUGUUGGAGCGAGCUGGGGUGACAUCUACGUGUUGAAGCGAGACGGAACACUUUUGUGCUGGGGUCGGGAUGACCACGGUCAGCUGGCUCCGCCCAACCUUCCCAAACUGGCCAGAGUAGCCAUUGGAAGCGAACACGUUGUCGCCAUGUCUGAGGAGGGUGACGUCCUAGCCUGGGGAUGGGGUGAGCACGGCAAUUGCGGACCACAAGUUGAGAACAACGACGUCAAGGGACGGUGGAAUGUUAUUGCAUCGUCACGAUUCAUCCCCCCCGGGUCUCAAAUCACAGGCAUCGGCGCUGGGUGCGCUACAAGCUGGGUUGACAUUACCACAGGAUGA